CUGCUUCUAACCGUCACUACAAAAGCCAAAAGAAACUUCCUAAAACAUGUUUGUGUAAACAGAGAGAAAGAACGAUCACCAAAAGAUGAAGAAAACGGAAGCGGGGAAGAAGGAAGAUAUCAAGAAAGGUCCAUGGAAAGCCGAAGAAGACGAAGUACUCAUCAACCAUGUCAAGCGUUACGGUCCUCGUGACUGGAGCUCCAUUCGAUCCAAAGGUCUUCUUCAUCGCACCGGAAAGUCAUGCCGUCUCCGUUGGGUCAACAAACUCCGUCCCAAUCUCAAAAAUGGGUGUAAGUUCUCUGCUGAGGAAGAGAAGACAGUGAUUGAUUUACAGUCACAGUUUGGUAACAAAUGGGCGAGAAUCGCUACGUAUCUCCCGGGAAGAACUGAUAACGACGUGAAGAACUUCUGGAGUAGCAGACUAAAGAGACUCGCUAGGAUUCUCCAUAACUCUUCUGACGCAUCGAGUUCUAGUUGCUUAAAUCCAAAACCUAAGAAGGGCAAAAACGUCAAACAGAGUUUUGGUUUAGUUGAGGAAGAGAGUAAAGCUUCUUCUUCUUCUUGUUCCAAGACUCUUCCUUACUCAUCAGACCAAGUUGAUGAAGAAGCCUUGAUAAGGUCACCUGAACUAGGUAUUAAGUUAGAGCAUCAUCAGCCUUUUACAUUUGGGACUGAUCUCGACGACCCUAAUUUUUUCUACGAUAUACUUGGUGGACCGGUUGAUUCUUCUGACCCUUUGUUCGCUCUUCCUCAGCCGUUUUUUGAGCCCUCUCCGAGAAGAUUCAGACAUGUUUUGAAGGAUGAUGAUGAAGGGUCUGAUGUUUUCUUACACGAUUUCCCUGCCGACAUGUUUGAUCAAGUUGAUGAUCAAACUAGGAGUCCUUAG